GAUCCAUUUCGGCGAACGCGACGGAAACCCUAGCUCGGCGAGGACUCCGGCGAAAUCGACCGCCCCCGCGCGCUACAUCCUCCUCCGCCGCCGCCGCCUCGACUCGGCGCCUCCGGCGUCUUCGCCAGGACUCCCUCCGCGCCGGGCCGUCUCGCAAGGGUUUCGACUCCGGGCCUCCUCGUCGUCGAAGGGACGCGCCAGCCGACUCCGGAUCCGCCGCCGCCGCCGACGACGAUCGACUACCUGUAGAUCGGAUUCGACCUGUAACUCUCUAUCGUUGCAGUUGUUCUGUGUAUUUGAUAUCUGAGGAGAAUCUCAGUCUCUCGCAGAAGAGGGGCGAGAAGAGAGGGGAAAAAAAAACUUGAUAUCAUCAUGGGUGUUGUGUAUUACAAAUAUAAGAGUGCAAAGGAAACUUUUUCCGUGCCUGUGCCCCAUUCCUUUGUCUCUGUUUCUGAACUCAAGCAGCUCAUCUUGACGAGCGACAAAUAUGGCCGUGGCCGCACCCGUGGCCGCGGCCCCAGAGAAGAUAUUGUCAUCUCCAACUCCCAGACCGGCGAAGAAUUUCUAGAUGGAAGUGCAUUGAUACCACAGAACUCAACUGUGCUAAUCCGCCGAACUGCUGGGCAACUAUCAGAGAAAAUCGUCUUGUUCUCCUCGAGGAAAGUCACAGAAGAUGGUGCUGUUGCUUCAAACAAAUCAGAGAUUACUGAAUCAACCUCAAAAUCCAUUUCCUCUACAGAAGUACAGGAUGAGGAUGCUGCAAUCGCAUCUAUAAUUGAUGCAGCUGAACUCAAAUGGGAGGACAAACCAUCUAAAAGAGUACAAACUGGUGGAAGGUUCACAUCAGGACAUUAUGGUCAUGGACCAGUUGAAGGGGAAACACCUCCACCAGGCUAUGUGUGCCGCAGCUGUGGAGUUCCAGGCCAUUUCAUUCAACAUUGCCCACAGGAGAGAAAGACACCUCCAUCUGGCUAUAUCUGCUACAGUUGCAGAAUCCCAGGGCAUUUUAUUCACCAUUGCCCGACCAUUGGUGACCCCAAAUUUGAUGAUUACAAAAAGUCCCAUUCUCUUUGGCCAGAAGUAUCUGCAUCUCCUGUUGAUGGCAUUCCAUCAGCUCUUGCCCCAGCUGCAUCUGUGAGUGUUGUUGAUGACUUGCCAGCUGAGCUCCACUGCAGGCUAUGUAAUAAGGUGAUGACAGAUGCAGUGUUGACAAGCAAGUGCUGCUUUGACAGUUUCUGCGAUAAAUGCAUUCGAGAUUACAUUAUUACACAAUCCAAGUGCAUUUGUGGAGUCAAGGUUCUUGCAGAUGACCUUGUUCCCAAUCAAACACUUCGGAGCACAAUCAGCAAUAUGCUGGCAACAAGGGCUAGCAGCAUCACUAGUGGUACAGGGAAGAACAGGAGCUCUUCUGGCAGCAACCUGGAUAAUAAUUCAGCAAACCGAACCCCUCCAGUUGCCUUGGAAAUGCAAUCUAAGGACCACCACAUAUCAUCAGCUGCUCCUGAUGCUGGCCUCCAAGUUCCCACAGAAGAUAACAUGAGCCACCUUGAACAUAAAUUGACAACAGGUGUUGAUCUUGAAGUCAAAGAUGAAGGCAAUUCUGCAGGUAUAUCAGUAGAGAAGGCUGUACAAACUGCCGAUGCCAGAUUGAAAGAUGGAAGCGAAUCUACUUCAAAGGUCACAGCUAUUUCAGGAACGUUAGAACCAAAAGCUUCCAAGACUGAUCAAUCGAAGAAGAAGCGCAAAAAGGCAGAUUCAACUAAGAUUGGCCAUCCUAACAAUGGCAACUACAACACUCCAUUUGACCCUGCAUAUUACAACCCUUAUGCCUGUGGGUAUCCUUGGGUAUCUGAACCUUACAUGCAUGGCUCACUGGGCAUGCCUUAUGGUGACCCAUCGCUGGGCAUGCCUUAUGGUGAUCCAUCGCUGGGCAUGCCUUAUGGUGGCUAUCCAAUGGGCCCCUAUGGUAUCAAUUCCAUCAGCAACAUGCCACUGCCAUUUCCAUCAGCGAUGCAAGGCAAUCUUGUAAAUACUCGCAGCUGGGAAACUCAACCUAUGCUUCAGCGGGCAAGCGGAGAUGCUGCACGUUCAAGGCUGGCUGCAAAGCCCAAAGAACCUGCCAACCAGUCUCGAUCAUCAGAGCGUGACCAGCAUCUGAGGUAUUCUCAUGGCACCGAUUCCAGGAACAACGGAAGCAGGUCGAGCUCUGACAGGAGGUCUUCUCAUAGGCGCUCGAGAGAUCGUGCUGAGGAUCAUCGCUCCAGUGAUUACGCCGAGGAUCACCGGAGCAAGAAGAGAACGCGCGCGUCUUCUCCAACCGAUGGCGACAGGCACAGCAGAGCGAGGUCCAGGCACAGCUCCAGGAGCCGUACCCAUGAGGAUUCAAGCGACGAUGAGCGCAAUUUCAAGAGGAGAUGGGGAGACAGAAGAUAGAUUCCUGAACGAAUGAAGCUGAUGGAUAUCUUGCAGCAGCAUUCUACUACUGAUAUCAAAAUGCUUGCUGAUGGAUUUUAUCUAUGAAUGUAUGUUACUGUAAGCUGGGGGGAAGCCUCCGAAUGUGAUAUCCCUCUUGUCGGAAUUGUAAUUAUGAGCUAUAUAUAUGAUUAAUGUAAUGAAUCGAGAGCAGUCUCAUCUCUCUAUGUAACGGCAUCGUUCUCCAAAAGAUGAAUGGAACAAUCCUUGGCCUUUGAGCUACUCGUUUA